AAGACCCCACCUAGCCGCCCGCGCCCCGGGGCCGAGUGAGCGCCGGCACCUCCAGGCCGCAGGAUCGGGGCGUGGGGCCCGGCGCGGGCGCGGCAACCCGGGCCGAAGGCUAUCGCCCCGCCCGCGGCUGGCGACUUCCCCUCCCUCCCUGGGGCUGUCCCUCCUUCUUUCCCUCCCGCCAGCCGGCGCCGGACACGCUGCGCCUCCUCUCUUGGGGCGCUCUAACCCCUGGCCAACCGUCGCGUCCCGAGCAACUUUGGGUGAGCGGCCGUUUGGUGUUGAAUGUUCCCCACCGAGAGCGCAUGGCUGGGGAAGCGAGGCGUGGAUCUGGCUCCCGAGGGGCCGCCGUCCGGGAGGCGGUGAUGCUGUUGCUGUGCCUGGGGAUCCCGACCGGGCGCCCCUACAACCUCGACACCGAGAGCGCGCUGCUCUACCAGGGCCCCCCGGGCACGCUGUUCGGCUACUCUGUCGCGCUGCACAGCCACGGGUCGAAUCGAUGGCUCAUAGUGGGGGCGCCCACUGCCAACUGGCUCGCCAACGCUUCAGUGGUCAGUCCUGGGGCGAUUUACAGAUGCAGGAUCGGACAGAAUCCGGGCCAGACGUGCGAACAGCUCCAGCUGGGUAGCCCUACUGGAGAACCUUGUGGGAAGACUUGUCUGGAGGAGAGAGAUAAUGAGUGGCUGGGCGUCACUCUUUCCAGACAGCCAGGAGAAAACGGAUCCAUCGUGACUUGUGGGCAUCGAUGGAAAAAUAUAUUUUACAUAAAGAAUGAGAAUAAGCUCCCCAUUGGUGUUUGCUAUGGAAUGCCCUCUGAUUUACGAACAGAACUGAGUAAAAGAAUGGCUCCAUGCUAUCAAGAUUAUAUAAGAAAAUUUGGAGAAAACUUUGCAUCAUGUCAAGCUGGAAUAUCUAGUUUUUACACAGAGGAUUUAAUUGUAAUGGGAGCACCUGGAUCAUUUUAUUGGACUGGUUCUCUUUUUGUCUACAAUAUAACUACAAAUAAAUACAAGGCUUUUUGGGACAAAGAUAAUCAAGUAAAAUUUGGAAGUUAUUUAGGGUACUCAGUUGGAGCUGGUCACUUCUGGAGUCGACAUACAACAGAAGUAGUUGGAGGAGCUCCUCAACAUGAACAGAUUGGAAAAGCAUAUAUAUUCAGCAUUGACGCCAGAGAACUAAAUAUCUUAUAUGAAAUGAAAGGUAAAAAGCUCGGCUCAUAUUUUGGAGCCUCUGUGUGUGCUGUGGACCUCAAUGCGGAUGGCUUCUCAGACCUACUCGUAGGAGCUCCUAUGCAGAGCACCAUCAGGGAGGAAGGAAGAGUGUUCGUGUACAUCAACUCGGGCUCGGGAGCAGUAAUGAAUGAAAUGGAAACAGAACUCAUUGGAAGUGACAAAUAUGCUGCAAGAUUUGGGGAAUCUAUAGUUAAUCUUGGUGACAUUGACAAUGAUGGCUUUGAAGAUGUUGCUAUUGGAGCUCCACAGGAAGAUGACUUGAGAGGUGCUAUCUACAUUUACAAUGGCCGAGCAGACGGAAUCUCGCCAACCUUCUCACAGAGAAUUGAAGGGCUUCAAGUCAGCAAAUCAUUAAGUAUGUUUGGACAGUCGAUAUCAGGACAAAUUGAUGCAGAUAACAACGGAUAUGUAGAUGUAGCAGUUGGUGCUUUUCGCUCUAAUUCUGCUGUGUUGCUAAGGACCAGACCUGUAGUGAUUGUUGAUGCUUCUUUAAGACACCCAGAGGCAGUAAAUAGAACAAAAUUUGAUUGCAUUGAAAAUGGACUGCCUUCUGUGUGCAUUGAUCUAAAACUUUGCUUCUCAUAUAAAGGCAAAGAGGUUCCAGGCUAUAUUGUUUUGUUUUAUAACAUGAGUUUGGAUGUGAACAGAAAGGCAGAGUCCCCAUCAAGAUUUUAUUUUUCUUCCAAUGGCACUUCUGAUGUGAUUACAGGAAGCAUACAAGUAUCGAGCAAAGCUACUAACUGUAGGACGCAUCAAGCAUUUAUGCGGAAAGAUGUGAGGGACAUCCUUACUCCAGUUCAGAUUGAAGCCGCUUACCGCCUGGGGCAGCAUGUCCUCACUAAACGAAGUGCAGAAGAAUUCCCACCACUGCAGCCAAUUCUUCAGCAGAAGAAAGAAAAAGACGUGAUAAAAAAAAUGAUAAACUUUGCAAGGUUUUGUGCUCAUGAAAAUUGUACUGCUGAUUUACAGGUUUCUGCAAAAAUUGGGUUUUUGAAGCCACAUGAAAAUAAAACCUACCUUGCUGUUGGAGGCAUGAAGAUGUUAAUGUUGAAUGUGUCAUUGUUCAAUGCUGGAGAUGAUGCUUACGGAACAACUCUGCACAUCAGACUGCCCAUGGGGCUGUACUUCAUUAAGAUUUUAGACCUGGAAGAGAAACAAAUAAACUGUGAAGUAACAGAAAGCUCUGGCCCAGUAAAACUUGACUGCAGUGUUGGUUAUAUCUAUGUAGAUCAUCUCUCAAGGAUAGAUAUCAGCUUCCUCCUGGAUGUGAGUUCACUCAGCAGAGCGGAGGAGGAUGUCAACAUCACAGUGCACGCCACAUGUGAAAACGAAGGGGAAAUGGACACUUUGAAGCAUAACAAAGUGACUUUAGCAAUACCUCUAAGGUAUGAGGUUAUGCUAACUGCUCAUGGGUUUGUCAACCCAACUUCCUUUGUGUAUGGAUCAAGUGAGGAAAAUGACCAUGAAACAUGCAUGACAGAGAAAAUGAAUCUCACAUUCCAUGUUAUUAACACUGGCAAUAGCAUGGCUCCAAAUGUAAGCAUGGAAAUAAUGGUACCAAAUUCUUUUAUGCCCCAAACCAAUAAACUGUUCAACAUUUUGGAUGUCCAGAUGACCACUGGAGAAUGCUUCUUUGAAACUUAUCAAAGAGAAUGUGCAUUAGAGCAGCCAAAGGGUGCCAUGGAGACCUUGAAAGGCAUAUUCACGUUCUUGUCAAAGACUGAUAAGAGGCUGUUGUAUUGCAUAAAAGCUGACCCACACUGUUUAAAUGUGUUAUGUAAUUUUGGGAAAAUGGAAAGUGGAAAAGAAGCCAGUGUUCACAUUCAGCUGGAAGGCCGGCCGUCCAUUUUAGAAAUGGAUGAGACAUCGUCACUCAAGUUUGAAAUAAGGGCGACAGCUUUUCCAGAGCCGCAUCCAAAAGUUGUUGAAUUAAACAAGGAAGAGAAUGUUGCACAUGUUUUGCUAGAAGGACUACAUCAUCAAAGACCCAAACGUCAUUUUACUAUAGUGAUUAUUUCUAGCAGUUUGCUACUUGGACUUAUAGUACUUCUAUUGAUUUCAUAUGUCAUGUGGAAGGCUGGCUUCUUUAAAAGACAGUACAAAUCAAUCCUACAAGAAGAAAAUAGAAGAGACAGUUGGAGUUAUGUCAAAAGCAAUAAUGACAAUUAAAGACUACUUUCACAUUGAGAGAACUGAAAAAGACUCAGGUUUCUAAAAAGCACUGUUUACAAGAAAACAUGAAUUUUGCUCAAGCUUCUUCCAAGUAAUGAGAAAGAAAACUGCCGAAGUGUUAAUAUAUCCAAAGAUAAUCUUUCAGCUGUCAAGGGGAUAGAGAAACACUAACACAUGCAAUUUAGUCAAGAAAAGUAAACCUUGAUGGUAUCUGGACAUGAAGGCAUAUCGGAAUUGAGUCAUUCAGGAAAUAAACAACUUGAUUGAUAAAGCUUUGGACUUGAAAUAUCUUCUUAAAAAAUAUUAACCAUAUGUGCUCACCUGGGUAAAAUAAACCUCACUGAAUGGACAGUGAUUUAUUUUCAAAUGUGCUCUUUAAAAAUACUUAAGAUGUUUCAAAGGGUUGUUCCCAAAGUUUCUAAUGAGUGAAAGAAGGACAUUGUUAUUUUAAAGCAGAUUUUAUCUUUAAAGACUUUUUAUUUGUAACACGUUUCCUAUGGACCUUGUGCCAACAAUUACAUUAUUCAGAAGUCUAUGAACAUUACAGGCCUGAUGAGCGAACUUCAGAAGGAACUUAUACACUGGCUUGAGCUUCACGUGAUGACUUCAAUAAUUACUAUUUGUACAUCUAUGGAUUUCCCUUCUGUACACGUUUUAAAGAUAAAAUCCACCAGUCUCCUCUAGUACAACUUUAUCCAAGCAUACCCAGGAGAUCAUUUUUUAGGCAUCGUAAUUUAUAUUCUAAACAACAGACACAACUGUUGCACUUUAGCCAGUAUACACUGAUGUCAAAAACAUGAAAACUGUACCUCACGGAUGAUUUUUAAAAUGUUAGAGCUGUGCAAAGGAAAAAGUCAAUAUUUAUACAUAUUGGGUACUAUACUGACUGCCUAAAAUUAAAAAAUGACAAGCAUUUGCUUAGGUGUUAUUUUCAAAUACAUAUUUUAAUCAGGUCUAUGAAAGCAUACUCUUCUGCAUUGAAAUGGAAAAACAAAAUUCAUAAACUGAAAAAUACCAACUUGUAUACAAUGAAUAUAAAUGUGAUAAACAGUUUGUUGAUACUUGACGUUCUAUUUGGAUUUUAAGUAAUAUAUCUUUAAAUACCUUUUCAUUUGCAAGUAGAAGUGUUGUAAUAUUUAUUUCAUAUACUCGGGGUACUGCUAAUUAUAGAAUAUAACUUCAUCUGUCUAGGAAAGCUGUGGUCAAAUUUUGAACAUCUGUUAAAAGUGAUCAGACAAAAUAGAGGGUUAAGAUUUUUCUGUGAAGUUCCUGUCAAUGAUUGGCCAUUAAGGUUUUGUAAUUUAUGAAAAUACAGAUCACAAAACUCAGUGACCUCAGAAUAUAUACCAACAGAUAUCAACUUUUGAAUACUUUUAGAUAAUUUAAUGUUUUAACAGUAUGUAAGCUCACAUAGCUUUUUCAAGAGCAUGUAUAAAAUCAUGGAUGAAAAUUGAAGCCCCACUUUACAUUGAAAAUAAACACAGCUACUGACUGAGCUGAUGAAUAUUGCCUAGUUUGAAAAAUGUUUUGCAUAGUUCCAAAUAAAAUUUGUUAUGAACAUC